AUGAUCCAGCUGAUGGUACUGCUAUACAAGGGGGUGUGGAAAAACGAGUAUGCGCCAAGAAGAUGGAGGGAAGGGGUGGUUGUGAACUUGUUGAAGAAAGGGGACAAGACUGAUCCAGGAAAGUACAGGAGGAUCACACUGUUGAACAUAGUAGAAAAAGUGUUCUGUAAGCUGCUAUAUCAUAGGAUAGUAGGAGCAUUGGAGAAGGAACGUAUGAUAAGUGAGGGCCAGGCAGGGAGAAUCAUCCAAGGCACUAAGAGGGAGGGGAAGCCGACGUACUGCUUCUUCCUGGACGUGCAAAAGGCAUACAAUACAGCAUGGAGAAAUGGGUUGUGGAAACAAUUGUCCGAGUUCGGGAUCAAGGAGAAAAUGUGGAGAGUGCUUAAGAAGAUGACACAGUGCACGAAAGCGCAGUCAUGCUGGACGGAGAACCGGGAACGCACGGUGUCGGGAACGCUGCUUGCGGUUUGUUUGGGUGUCUGA